AUGGAUAGUUUGGUCAUGCCUGAUCAGAGUACCUGGAGUGCUGAGAAUUUCGAAUUUGGUCAAAGCGCUUAUACUCAUCAACCGCCGACGUUUAUGAUUGAAGAACUCUCCAUGAUGCCUGCAGAACUCUCGCUAGACCAUUCUCCUAUGCAGACUCCCUACUCGCAAGACUACUCGAAAGUAUUACAGUCAUAUAUCUGGACGGAUCUGGGCUUUCAAUGCUUCAACCCGAACGCUACACUCCGUCCUCAAAUCAGGGACGACCGUGCCGAGUCCUCGGCCGUUGGCUACCUUGGCCCUGGUCACACUACUUGCCAGAUUCUAUCGGUUCCCAUUCCCUCUGUACACGAGGUACCUCAGUCCAAGGCGAACAAAGAGUACUGCAUCAAGGACAAAAAUCCCCGUGGUCGUAGCGGAGUCUUCAAACCGAAACAAGAUGUUGUCCGUCUCAGAAAAAGCCACGGCUACGCCACUUGCAACUGGAAAGACUGUGCAUACUCCGGCACGUUCUCUAGCAAAGGGGCCUUGAUGCGCCACAUUGACACACAGCAUGUCGCUCCGCGUUCAGUCGACUGUACUAAGUGUGACAAGCUUUUCAGUCGGAAAGAUAACAUGACCGAACAUCUGGGACGGGUUCACCGGGAGUGCGCUUGA